AUGCGCCCUCCAGACCAGAAUGAUGACUACCACGAGUAUCCAACUCGAAGAACCCUCCCUGAGGAAUCGGCAGAUGCAAAAGACAAACGCUCACUGAAUAAUGCCGUGCAGAGAAUGGGAGGCCGCGGCUGGUCGGUCUUGAAGCACGAGAAACCACCUCUGUUGACAACCGUCUCCACCGACCGGCUCCCUUUAAUUGGAGAUUCAGCAGCCUCAGCCCCCAGCGCAAUACAGCUCUCAACUAUCAGUCUACCAUUCACAGAAAAAUACGGACGUUGCCAACAGAUAGUCCACUACGGAGCGAACAGUACAACCCGCCUCCACGAAUCAAGGGGCCAACAACUCCUCGCAAUCAAAGUAUACCGACGCAACAUCUUGAAAAAGACACUCUCGCCGGCCUGCUCAUCCCAUUUCACCACCUGUCUCUCUCCAACCAGCGCGAUCUUCCAUCCUCAACAUCCAAAUAUCCUCCCAAUCCUCGACCUGCUCCAUAAUGAACGCUCCGAACUGUGCCUUGUCAUGCCAUACUGCGCCGGCGGGGAUCUACAUACCUUGAUAUCUCGCAAUGGAAUACUUCCAGCCCAUGAAGCCGACUGUAUCAUAAAGCAAAUCCUCCGCGCCCUCUGCUUCCUGCACGAGCACGAAACCGCACACCGUGAUAUCCGUCUAGAAACUGUUCUUCUGACAUCAAGUGGAGGAGUCAAGCUAGCUGGUUUCGGUGAUGGAUAUGUCAAGCGUAUAUGGGAGGAGUGCACGGUCCGCAUGACACCAAGAGAAGAUGAGGAAGAAACACUCCCUUCAACACAACAGCAACAUCAUCAUGCAGCUUGGUCCUUCUCACUGCCAUGGUUUUUAUCUUCCUUUUCUCGUCAAGCCUCAUCAACCUCAUCAACCCGAAACACUGCCCAGUCUACAACCGUAAACCCAUCAACAGCCUCCUUCGCCGGUAUGAGUCUCCCAUACAUCCCACCAGAGGCAUUUGAACACCAUUCUUCUCCCUAUGCCCCCAGUGACAGCGAGGAAGAGGUUGAUCCUCGCCCGGCAGAUGUUUGGGCCACUGCUAUUGUCUAUAUGACACUAAUAACCGGCCGAUUGCUUUGGCGCAGUGCUCGACCACGUCGUGAAGAUGGGCGGUACUUGGAGUAUUUGCAUGGCCGCUGUGAAGAAGAUGGAUAUGCGCCUAUCGAGUCGCUUGGACAGGUAUAG